UACCGGAACGCAAAUUGGUCUGGAAGAGCAAGAUGAGGACACUCCUGCUGUCGCUUGCGCUGGUGCUGGCGGUGUGUGUACUGUUGGGGCCCAACUUGGGCUCCGCCAUGCACGUUACAAUCCCUUCUGGCGCCUCCGAGUGCUUUUCCGUGGAGGCGGAGAGCUUCAAGCACGGCAUUUCGCUCAACUACGAGGCAAUCAGGGGUGUAGCCGACGAACUGAAGACGGAGCUCACGGACGGCAAGGAUGAGGUCGUAUAUGCGCGCAAAGGCGCGUCGGGACGGUAUAUGAGCCCCAUCGGAGAGGGAGGCAUGCACUCUGUCUGCUUCGGGAACGAGCGCUCGGGGGACGUGGUCAUCGGCUUUUCCUUCCACGCGGACGAUCCGAGUCACGAGGUGCUGUCCAACGCAGACGCCACGAAGAUCAAGCAAGUGCAAGAGCUGGAGGACAUUGUGUAUGAGUUGAGUGUGAACCUUGACACCUGA